GUGGCUACAAAAAGACGCUAUUCUCUUUAUUGCCACUCUGUUCUAGCCAGGACAUGGAUAUACUGAGGUUAUGAACAUUUCUCACGAGCCUUGGCUUGAGCAAUUCAUCCUGCUUCAUUGGAGAAGGCUCUUCAAUCCUCUAAGCAGCAGGACAAGAGAAGAUGUAUUUCGAGACUGGUGAAAGCAACAACGAACAACCCACGUGAGUUGCCUUUAAUUUAUAGGAUGUCACCUCUACUGACGCUCGCCGUAGGACUAUUUGUCUGUCUGCCUCUGCUGGAGUUUGGGGCAGGGGCGCGACUUUCUCUCAGUGGCACAGUGAAAACACCAUGGAAUAUGACAGACAGGAUAUCAAACGGUAGCCGACAAGAGGGGUCGACAUCUGAACAUUUAGAUGAGGCUUUUGAAGAGCAGGUCUUCUACUUGCAGCGUCUGUUCCAUCAGUAUGGAGACAAUGGGACCCUGACCUAUAAGGGCCUGCAGAAGUUACUGGGCAGCCUGGGACUAGGGCAGGUCAGUGUGUUGGAGAUCAGCCACCGAGGGUCGAGGCACAACCAUAACACUCUGACACAACCUCACCCUCCUCAUACACAAUCUCAUGACCAUGACGAUCAGGAAACAGACACCCCCAGUCCUAGUAGGCCUGUUCAACCACCCCCCUCUGCAAACGCAGCCAGAACCUCACAGCCUGGGAUAUCAGGGUCUGCUGGAUCUAGGUAUAAAGAGGGCACCACAUUAUCCUCUGAUAAUGUGAUUAAGGAAGAGGUCCUUCCGUGGUCAUCCCCUAUUGCACACUCUAUUCCUGUCCAAGGAAUGUUUAACUCCCUUGUGUCAAAUCACCCCACUCAGAGGCAUCUUCAUGGGAACUGUCUGAAUGUUACUCAGCUCUUGUGGAAUUUCGGUCUGGGAAAGGCACCCCACAUCACUCCUGCCCACUUCACCCUCCUGUGCCCAGCUCUGCUGUACCAGAUUGAAAGUGGUGUUUGUCUACGCCACCCAGAGACUGAUGGGGCGGAGUCAGAAAGGAGUGUCACUUUCCUCAAAGCUUUGGGAUGGAGCUCCUUAGCUCUGGCUAUGAUCAGCCUGCCGUCUCUGCUGUCUUUGAGCCUGGUUCCCCUUCUGCCCCCUGCCKGCCUACGCUCCUUCCUUUGUCCAAUGACAGCCUUGGCUGUGGGGACGCUGUGUGGAGAUGCCCUGCUGCAUCUCCUGCCUCACGCUAAGACUGGGCCACUCUCAAGCCACUCUGAAGAACAGGACUCCAUACUGAAGGGCCUUUGUGUGCUGGGAGGGUGCUACCUCCUCUUCAUCUUCGAGAGCCUUCUAGGACUGAGGACCCAUUAUAAGAAAGUUAAGAGGAAGCGGAAGCAGCAGAACACCACUCUAAAUCCUGACCCAGAGAGGGAGCUUACUGCUCUGCAGAGCCCCACCGUUCUUGAGCAGACACAUUCCACUGAGCAGCAUAGUCAUGGUCAUUCACACAGCCCGCCUGGCCAGGAGCAGGUUGGGAUGGGAAGCUUGGUGUGGAUGGUGGUUAUGGGAGAUGGGGUACACAACCUUACUGACGGACUGGCCAUUGGUGCUGCAUUCUCUCAGAGUCUGGCUGGAGGUCUCAGCACCACCAUAGCUGUGUUCUGCCAUGAGCUUCCUCACGAGCUAGGUGACCUGGCAGUGCUGAUGGGAGCAGGGUGGCCUGUUCGUAGACUGGUUAUUUUCAGUGCUGUAUCAGCCCUACUGGGUUUUGUGGGCUUGCUAACUGGCUCUGUCCUGGGCCACCAGUCAGCCCACAUCUCCCCCUGGAUCCUCACCCUCACCGCUGGGGUCUUCCUCUAUGUGGCCCUCGCUGACAUGUUGCCUGAGAUGCUUCAUGGUGAUCCUGGCCCGAUGGGACCCUGGACUCGCUUCCUACUACAGAACCUAGGCUUGUUGGCAGGGGGUGCAAUCAUGCUGUGUAUCGCUCUGUUCGAGGACCAUAUCGCCUUCUACCUGGGUGACGUCUGAUUCAAUGAAGGAUAUGAGUGGAUCAGAUUCUAAACCACCGGAUUGGUUACUCUUUCAACUGAAGUGCAAUUGGCCAAUACCAAAUUACUUCUUAUCAGAGUAGACUUUGGUCCAGGAGGUAAUUUGCAUUACUACUAAAGGCCUGAAAAACAUGAUUUAAGAUGACAUCAAGUACCAGCUUCGCUUUAGAGUACUCUGGAUGCAUUUACACCGGCAGCCCAAUUCUGAUCUUUUGCCCAAUUUUAAGUGGGGAAAAAAUCUGAAUUGGGCUGUCCAUGUAAACACAUCCUCUAAGACACAAGAUUUUAUAUUUAGCAGACGCUCUUAUCUAGAGUGACUUACAGUAUUGAGUGGAUACAUUUCUUGUCCCAGGUGAGAAUCGAACCCACAACCCUGGCGUUGCAAGCGCCAUGCUCUACCAACUGAGCCACACAGGACUACACAGUUCGAUGGUUAGUGUGAACAACACGUGGAAGUCAGCCUUGCAGGACCAGAUGACCAAGAGCAUGACCCUACACUGAUUUAUUUUGCUUGCUUAAAUGUUAUGAAUCCUAGGAUUUUUUUUCUUCCUAAAUGUACUGUGCAACUUGUUUUCUACCGUUUCUAUAUGAACAUUGAUUAAUUUCAAUGUGAGUCUUAAUCCUAUUUCAGAAUGAUUUUCAGUGGUUGAACCACACAGGCAGGAAUCGAAGAAUGUGAAGUUUCAAUAUCCAAUUAAAUAUUUUUUAAAUCUUGGAUACUAUAUAACCAUGUCAGCAAUUCAAUAAAGGUGGCCCUUUUCUAUUUGGCCAUGAAUCCA